AUGGUAGCGAAUCGAGGAGAGAUCGCAAUUCGCGUUUUCCGUGCUCUCAAUGAGCUGAACAUGACAUCUGUGGCCAUUUACAGUGAACAGGUAGACCUUGUUCUCUACUAACU